AUGGCUCCGUCCAGAUUUUCUACAAGCAAAGAUCAAGACGACCAACUUUCAUCCCCUCCUUCGUCCCCCGCGCUCUCAGUCGAUAAAGAAAAUCAUUAUCGCCAACGGCCUCAAGGCGGAAAGAGGAAAAGCGACAUCACAAUGGCACAUGAUAACUCCGUAUCAUCGUCAGGCAGCAAACGAAGACGACUAGCUGAAUUACAAGGAAAUAUGGAAUAUACCCAGACGCGCGCCUCUCAAAGAGCCGUCACCGAUUACUACGACCCAGAUCAAGAUGUUAGCGAGCGCCGCGAAAUUCGAAAGGGUCUUCGAGAUCUACAACGUGAUCUAAACGAUUGCAGGAGUGAAUAUCUUCAGAGCGGAAAUAAGGGUAUUCUCAACACGAUCCAGAAAGCAAACGAUCUUUUCACGCGAGUAAAGCAGACGUCAGAUGCGACCGUUGAUUCUCAACUUUUGGUCAAUGCGGCAGACUUAUCAUAUAAAAAAUCGGCGCGACUUGCAUUGGAUGGAGCUGCAGCCGGCAUAGAUGUAGACGAGUUUGUCUCCAAGUGUCUGUCUUUCAUGCGCCAAACUCCAUCAAAUGGGGCGUCAAAUCCCCUGAGCAGCACACAUCGUCGCAGAGCAAAUGGCGAUGAUAGUGAUGACGAGGGAGUUGACGAUACGUUGAACUGGGAUAGGCUGGGACGGGCUGCUUGUUUCCCGUACAAUGCGCGUCCUUCAUUAUCCGGCUUCCUUCUUGGUCCACUAUCUGUCCAGAAACGCACUCGACAAGUUACGCAACGUAGAGUUGCAAAUCAAAUCGACAGGUCACAGGUUGUGCGGCCGCAAGAUCUUGAAGAACAAGAUCUAGAUAGACAAGAGUCGUCGAACCUGACUGCGAUGUGCACUAAAAUCAGCAAACUUUUGCAGGAUGUGAUAAAUAGCCGACAAGCUGCUGUUAAUGCCGAGAUGUACUCGUUGGGGAGGGAGCCUACAAUGGAUGAGCUUUAUGCAGCUAUGGACAAGCACCAGAUCGCGGAGAAUGGUGGCAUUCUCCUUUACCCAUUCGCCAUUAAUCCAAAGUCGUUUGGUCAAACUAUUGAGAACCUAUUCUACAUAAGCUUUCUGAUUAGAGAUGGCAAUGUUGGCAUCUCGCAGGAUAGUCAUGACUUUGUUACUCUACACUCUUCAACACCAUACCCACCACUGGAGGCACAGGAAAAAGGAAUUCAAAAGCAUCAACUCAUAUUGAAUCUCAAUUUUGAAAUAUGGCAUGACCUGAUUGAGAGUUUCGAUAUUAAAGAAUCCAUCAUACCGCACCGAAACGAUGAAGAGUUCCUUCAGCAAAACCAACAUGGUUGGUACAAUUGAGUCUAGAAAUGUAUAUGGCUAGAUUUUCUUCUUUGUGGCGCAAUUGGUUUCUUGGGAAGACAUGUGUUGUUUGAUACCCUCCUUCUGAUAGUAUUUAUUGCAAGCUGAAUAGAGAGCAUUAACUUUG